AUGUAUGGCACGCCUCAUUCCCUCUCGACGAUGAAUGGUCUGGGAGAGGUCGUCGACGGUUCCGGUACAAUCGACCCGGCGAACCUGAGCAAUUCAGUCUCUGUUCUGCCGGUCCCAUCCCCUGCAGAAGCAACCCCCCGUGGCAUUAAGCGCACUCGCACUCCAGAUCGCAGUGGGAAUGGCCAUACAGAAGGAGAUCAGGAUGAUGAAGACCAGGGUCGUCGCAAACGCGGCCGUCCGCCCAAGAUUCCGAGGGCUAGCUCCAAUGACCACCCUGCGCACACUCCGAUUCAAACCCCCCAGAUGCAAUCCCGCCCGCUUCCCCAACAUAGUGCCGGAUCCCCACCUCUUGCGUCGCCUCCUGAUAAGACUACUCCCACUAAAUCCCUGGUCAAGGCUCUCCCAACCGUCCGAGAUCAUACUUCCGAUCAGCUCAAUGAUGAGGGUGACGAGUACAUCCCCAAGGAGUUUGACGAAGCGGGAGAAACCAAGGUUGAUGCUAUGGGAUACCUGCAGGGCAGUCGUGACUACAAAUGUCGAACCUUCCGUGUGCCGAAUCGAGGCACUAAGUUAUUCAUGUUAGCGACAGAGUGCGCAAGGGUAUUGAACUAUCGUGACUCGUACCUGUUGUUUAACAAAAACCGGUCUCUUCACAAGAUAAUCGCAUCCCAAAUCGAAAAGGAUGAUUUGAUUCAGCAAGACAUUCUUCCUUAUUCCUACCGAUCCCGUCAAAUCGCGAUUGUCUCUGCCCGGUCUAUGUUCCGUCAGUUCGGCAGCCGCGUAAUUGUCAAUGGUCGGCGAGUACGAGAUGACUACUGGGAGAGUAAAGCAAGGAAACAGGGCUUCACGGAAGAAGAUCUAGCGGGCGAGAAGCGCCCAGGCGCAUCCAAGAUUCGAGACGGAUCCACUGCCGAGACUACAACGUCUAGCCUGUUACCGGCGCUUCCCCAUAACGAUGUCAUCUUCAGCAAUACGAUCGAGCCUUUACCAGCGGGUCUUUCCUUGGAUGUCUCGGAUUCCCCCUCAUUUAACCAACUUCCAAUGAUUCACAUGGCCACAACGGAGGAUCCGCGACUACGGGAAUACAACAGCAUUCCUCGAGUGCGCCAAGAGCUGACUGGUCAGACCUACCAGGAUCGCAGUCAACCCAGUUCAGGAGCAGAGAUCAUCAAUCAGGCCUCCCACGCUGCCGAAUUCAACAAGAUUCUUGCGUCACAGCGAAACUUUCGCAAGAAGGGACUGGAGGAGUUCUAUUCUAAGCCGCGUGAGGUCCCUGAGACAGAACCACAGUCUACCACUGCCCUUGAGUCAGGUCUUUCUGUGUCACAGCCCAUCCAACCUGUCCAAAUGCCACCUGCUGGCAUUCCCAACCCUGGCCACGCUCAGCACGUCAUGCCCCAUCAGGCGGCUAUGAUGCAAGCUCAGCCUACUUUCCCUCAACAACAGCAUCAACAGUCUAUCGGGCAGUCACCGGUCAGAAUGGCACCAGGCAUGCGAGCCGAUCUCAUGCAUCAACGAUCUAAUCCAUCCAUGUCCGCUGCUGUCGGUCAGCCUCCUUACGGUUAUCCUGCUCAGCAACAACCCCAGCAGCAGAUGUGGGGUCAACCUCCACCGCAACCACAGCCAUCGCCAAUGUCCUCUGCUGGUCCACAGGGAGUUGGAAUCCCUCAAUACGCUCAGCAACUUGCCGCGGCCGCGGCUCAGCAGCAAGCACCAUCACCUCUCCACCAUGCCCAGCAGCCUCAACAAUCACCGCGUAACCAACAUCGUCCCCAAGUGCCUCAGAUGCCACAGCAGUUUCACCAGAUGCAACAUCCUCAGGCCCAGCAGCAAGCUAUGGGAUCCAUGGGUUUCCCCGGAGGAAACCCGGCCGCUUACCAAAAUAUGCAACGUGCGAUGUAUCCCGCCGGUCAAGGUCCUGGGCCUCAGGCAUUUAUGGCCGGCAAUCCUCAACAAGCCAGCAUGGCAAUGAGCAUGGGUGCAGGUGGUAUGCCUGGGUGGCCCGCCGGCCCUGGGGGACCGAUGCAACCUGGUCAACCCCAGCCUGGUCAAUCGGGCAGCCCACUGGGCGGAUGGUCAGGAUACUAG